UGCAAGUGACGUCGUGCGUCAUGCCGCAAGAGGACUUCUCCGCGGAGCUGCUGCAGCUCUACUAUGAUCGACUGUUCCCGUACCAGCAGAUAACCCAAUGGCUCAGCUACGACGGAGGGGAGGAGUUCCUGUUCCGCCGCGAGCUGUCGUACACGCUCGAGAACGACACGUACAUCCGCUACAAGGCCUUCCACAAUGCCGAGGAGCUCAAGGCGAGCAUGAGCAAGACGCUGCCUUUCAAAAUCGAUAUCGGCGCCGUGUUCUCCGUGUCCCCCGCCGACAAGGGCAAGGUCAGCGCCGCGGACUUCACCCCCGAGCAGCGCGAGCUCGUGUUCGAUAUCGAUCUUACGGACUACGACGACAUCCGAACGUGCUGCGAGGGCGCCGCCAUCUGCAACCGCUGCUGGCAGUUCAUGGUGGCGGCGGUGGAGGUGCUGAACGCCGCGCUGCGCGAGGACUUUGGCUUCGAGAACCUGCUCUGGGUCUACUCCGGGCGUCGUGGUAUCCAUUGCUGGGUCUCGGACGAGCAGGCGCGUGCGCUCGAGAACGAAGCGCGAUCGGCUGUGGUCGGGUACUUGUCGCUCGUGGAGGGCAACGAGAACUCAGCCAGGAAGGUCAAGCUGCGUGAACCGCUGCACCCGUCGCUGGA